CUUAGGCACCCCACUUCCAGGGUGAGAAGGAUAGGGCCCUUGAAGUCUGAGGUGAGGGCCCUGGAGACACUGUCUGGCUUCAGGGCAGAGGUCAGCGGCAGAGGAGCUAGUUCCUGCUGAGUCACUGGACAGGGUGGGAUAGCCCUCUCCCCUUGGGCAGGCAUUGGUAGGCAAAUGUGUGGGGAGCAGGCUGUUGGGGGUCUCCAGUGCACAGUCCAGGGGUGUGAAGACCCAUGAAAGGAAAUGGGCAAGGAGUGAAGAUACUGAAGGUCGUGGGUAUUGCUGCUGGAGACUGAGUGGGCACCUGGUGGGGCCCCUGAGGCCUGGGGUGCCCCUUGCUGACCAGUCAUGUCUGCUGGGAGGGCUUCUCACCUCAGGGGCCUGCCCUGUUCGCACUGCCUGGACAGUGUAUGUGGAUUCCCCUCCACAGUAAAAUCAGAAGGAACAGUGAGACCCCAGCACAGACAGGCCUGCACCUCUCACCCCCACGUGGUCUGCCUCAGUCUGCUCCUGGGACAACCAGGACAGUGUGCCCUGCCCCCAUACGUCAGACACAAAGGGGACUGGAUGUAGUCAAGAAAUGUCACGAUGGCUUUUCCUGAGACAACUGGGCCUGGAAGCAUCUCUGGGCCUGGUGGACUGAGUGGUACACAAAGGCCCCUGGCCCCAACAUGGCCCGUCGAUCCCAGUGCUCCUCACAGGGGGACAACCCGCUGGCACCCGGGUACCUGCCGCCUCACUACAAAGAGUACUACCGCCUGGCAGUGGAUGCGCUGGCCGAGGGUGGGUCAGAGGCCUACAGCCGCUUCCUGGCAUCCGAGGGGGCACCUGACUUCCUGUGCCCUGAGGAGCUGGAACAUGUGAGCCGCCACCUGCGGCCCCCACAGUAUGUGGCCCGAGAGCCCCCUGAAGGCAGCCCUCCCGAUGUGGACAUGGAUGGCUCAUCAGGCACCUACUGGCCAGUGAACUCAGACCAGGCUGUGCCUGAACUUGACCUGGGCUGGCCCCUGACCUUCGGAUUCCAGGGCACAGAGGUAACCACACUGGUGCAGCCACCACCACCUGACAGCCCCAGCAUCAAGGAGGAGGCUCGCAGGAUGAUCCGUUCUGCCCAGCAGGUGGUGGCGGUGGUGAUGGACAUGUUUACUGAUGUGGACCUGCUCAGUGAAGUGCUAGAGGCUGCAGCACGCCGGGUCCCAGUCUACAUCCUACUGGAUGAGAUGAAUGCGCAGCACUUCCUGGAUAUGGCGGACAAGUGCCGAGUCAACCUGCACCACGUGGAUUUCCUACGAGUGCGUACAGUGGCAGGCCCCACCUACUACUGCCGCACGGGGAAGUCUUUCAAGGGCCACGUGAAAGAGAAGUUCCUGCUGGUGGACUGUGCUGUGGUGAUGAGCGGGAGCUACAGCUUCAUGUGGUCCUUCGAGAAGAUCCACCGCAGCCUGGCGCACGUUUUCCAGGGCGAGCUGGUCUCCAGCUUCGACGAGGAGUUCCGCAUUCUCUUCGCACAGUCUGAGCCGCUGGUGCCCUCAGCUGGGGCUCUGGCCCGCAUGGAUGCCUACGCCCUGGCUCCGUACGCGGGGGCUGGGCCCCUGGUGGGUGUCCCUGGGGUCGGGGCGCCAACCCCUUUCUCCUUCCCGAAACGAGCGCACCUCCUGUUCCCACCACCCCGGGAAGAGGGUCUGGGCUUCCCCUCUUUCCUCGACCCCGACCGCCACUUCCUGUCGGCCUUCCGCCGGGAGGAGCCGCGGAUGCCAGGGGGCGUUCUGGAGCCGCAUGCGGGGCUGAGGCCACUGUCGCGGCGGCUGGAUGCUGAGGCCGGGCCGGCGGGGGAGUUCGCCGGCCAGCGGGGCUUAUUCCAGGCGCGGCACCUGGAGAUGGACGCCUUCAAGCGGCACAGUUAUGCCACCGCGGACGGCGCGGGCGCCGUGGAGAACUUUGCUGCAGCGCGGCAGGUAUCACGGCAGACGUUCCUUAGCCACGGCGACGACUUCCGCUUCCAGACCAGCCACUUCCACCGUGACCAGCAACUCUACCAGCAGCAUUACCAGUGGGACCCGCAGCUCGCACCUGCGCGCCCGCAGGGCCUGUUCGAGAAGCUUCGCGGUGGCCGUCCAGGCUUUGUGGACCCGGAUGACUUUGCACUGGGCGCUGGGCCCCGCUUCCCAGAGCUCGGUCCCGACGGGCACCAGCGGCUGGACUAUGUGCCGUCUAGCGCGUCGCGCGAGGUGCGCCACGGUUCAGAUCCCGCCUUUGGCCCUGGCCUCCGCGCCCUCGAACCUAGCGGGGCCCUGCGCCCCAACCUGGGCCAGCGCUUCCCGUGCCAGGCUGCAGCGAGGCCGGGCCCAGACAGCACAGCAGAGGCGGAGCCGGAGCGCAGGGGUGGGCCCGAGGGACGGGCAGGGCUGCGGCACUGGCGCCUCGCCUCCUACCUGAGCGGUUGCCACGGGGAAGAUGCGAGCGAUGAGGGGUUGCCGGUGCCCAUGGAAGCCGAGGUCUAUGAAGACGAUGUGCUGGCUACCGGGGGUCGGGCAGCCGCCGGGGACCUGCUCCCUUCGGCCUUCCGCGUCCCUGCAGCCUUCCCUACCAAGGGCCCGGUGCCAGGCUCAGGCAGCGGUGGCGGCGAGGUCCAGGAGGAGGCAGGCCUGGCCAAGCAGGACUCUUUCCGCUCGCGCCUGAACCCACUCAUCCAGCGCAGCUCAAGGCUGCGCUCCUCGCUCAUCUUCAGCGCGUCACAGGCUGAGGGUGGGGGCGGGGCUGCAGGGACCAGCACUGAAAAAGUGCAGCUGCUGCACAAGGAGCAGACGGUCAGCGAGAUGCUGGGUCCUGGCGGAGAAGCUGUGCGCUCCUCGGCCUCCGCCAAAGUGGCGGAGCUACUGGAGAAGUACAAGGGCCCGGGCCGUGACCCCAGUGGUGCUGGGGGCGCGGUCACUGUCUCCAGCCACAGCAAGGCUGUAGUGUCCCAGGCGUGGCGGGAAGAAGUGCCGGCAACAGGAGGCGUGGGGGGUGAGCGCCGCAGCUUGGAGAGUUGCUUGCUAGACCUGCGCGACUCUUUUGCACAGCGGCUGCACCAGGAAGCCGAGCGACAGCCAGGAGCCGCCACGCUCACUGCUGCACAGCUUCUCGACACGUUGGGCCGGGGUGGCACUGACCGCCUACCAUCCCGCUUACUCUCUGCCCAGGGUCGCUCUACGUCCCCGCAAGGGCCGGACAAGCCCCUGAUGCUGGAGGGGCCUGGGGCACAACAUGUGCCUCUUUCUGAGCCAAAAGGGAGCCCUACCUCGGCUUACCCUGAGCGGAAGGGGAGCCCUACACCUGGGUUUUCCACUCGGAGAAGCAGCCCAACGGCAGGAUUUGAGCAGAAAGGUAGCCCCACCUCAGCCUACCCGGAGCACAGGGGUAGCCCGGUGCCUGAGCGCAGAACCAGCCCAAUCCCCCCAGUGGCCGAUCGCAGGGGCAGCCCGGUGCCCCCGGUGCCUGAGCGCAGGGGCAGUCCAGUGCCCCCGGUGCCUGAGCGCAGAGGCAGCCUCACCCUCACCUCCGGGGAGUCUCCGAAGACCGGGCCAGCAGAGGAGACCGUGGGCGGCCCCAUGGAAGUCCUGCGCAAGGGCUCCCUGCGCCUCAGGCAGCUGCUGAGCCCCAAGGGUGAGCGGCGCUCGGAGGAUGAGACUGGUUUCCAAGUGCCGCAGGAGAACGGGCAGCCGGAGAGUCCCCGGCGGCGGUCGCUGGGCCGGGGUGACAGUGCAGAGGCUGCCACAGGAGACGAGCGGGGCACACGGUCGCGCCUGGCCUCAGCCACAGCCAAUGCCUUGUAUAGCAGCAACCUGCGGGAUGACACAAAGGCAAUUCUGGAGCAGAUUAGUGCCCACGGCCAGAAGCACCGUGGGGUCCCUGCCCCAGGCCCCAGCCCGGCCCACAGCAGCCCUGAACUAGGCCAUCCACCAGCUGCUGGCGGCCUGGCCCCAGAUAUGUCCGACAAGGACAAGUGUUCAGCCAUCUUUCGCUCGGACAGCCUGGGGACCCAAGGCCGGCUGAGCCGCACUCUGCCAGCCAGCGCGGAGGAGCGCGACCGUUUGCUGCGCCGCAUGGAGAGCAUGCGCAAGGAGAAGCGAGUGUAUAGCCGCUUCGAGGUCUUCUGCAAAAAGGAGGAGGCCGGCGGGCCUGGGUCAGGGGAGAACCCUGCAGAGGAGGGCACCAGGGACAGCAAGGUUGGCAAGUUCGUGCCCAAAAUCCUGGGCACAUUGAAAGGCAAGAAAUGAGUGUCCUAGCUCACCAGCCCAGGCCAGGGUGGCCAUAUCACUGCCACCAUCGUCCAGAGCAUGGCUGGGCAAGGAGAGCCACCCUUUUGUGCUUGAGUGGUGGCUGCCAGGCCCUCGUGCUAGGGAAGUUUGGAGUGAGUGCUGCCAGAGUGGGGCUCACCUGCUGGCCUCCCCAACCGUGGGGCUCCAGCCCUUCACUAAGGUGCUUCUCCCCAGCUCCCUUCUCUCAGGAUCCUCAGCCUCCCGGCUCAUGCACCUGCCUUGGCCACCUCUUUGGGCUCACGUCCUCUUUGGGACUUCAUUCAGCUCAGGGACCCAUCUCUUUGUGCCUUAACUCCCCAUUCUUUCUGGGGCUUCUUGUUUCCUCAGGGCUUCUGUUCUCAGGGUUCCCUCUCCUCAGGCACGGGCCCUUGGCUCCAGCCUCCUUGCUGUCUCUUGACAGACCCACCCUCCCUUUCUCAGGGCCUCUCCCUUGGGGGUCAUCGCUCUUGCCUCUGUCUCAAGUGCUGCGGGCUUGCUUCCUUCCCUGUGUGGAUUCUCCUGGCGUCUUUCUAGGUGGCCUGUCCUCUUGCUGCAGGGAAGGCUGGGCUGACUGCAGGCAAUUUGAGAGGGAGGGGUGGAGCUAGACCCAAAGGAAACCUUUCUCAGAUGGACAGGGAGGCUGGAUAGGGUGGGCUACUGAGAAGGGGGUACAGGGGACCCCAAGGGGGUUCCUUGCCAGCCCAAACCAAAGCUGCCUGGGCCAGGCCCAACCACUCCUGUAGCAAGGCCCUGGUCAGCACUGGGCUUUGCAGCACAAUAAAACAUAGUCUGGACAGA